AUGCGUCCCCUUAAGCUGCUCUUCAUUACUCCUCUCGUUGGGCUGAUGGCGUUGUACAUGGCCGUCGCUUACGGUAUUCUUUAUCUCCUCAUCGCCACAUUUUCGUUCGUAUACAAGGACCAUUAUGGCUUCGACCAGGGGGAGUUAGGUCUCACGUUUCUCCCGGGUGGCAUAGGUAUGAUGAUUGGGGUUGUCACGUUCGGCGCUUUGUCGGAUGUGUUUGUCAAAAACCGGCAGAAUCAAGGCCUCGAUCAUAAGCCCGAGGUCAGACUGAGUCCGGCGUUGGCUAUGCCGUGUGGUAUCGUCUUGCCUAUCGGCUUGUUUAUCUACGGUUGGACUGUGCAAUAUGGCGUCCAUUUUAUUGUCCCGAUGCUUGGCGUUGCGAUCUUCAGCUGCGGGCUCAUGGGAGUAAUGAUGUGCGUCCAAAACUACCUUCUGGACACGUAUCCCCGGUACGCGGCGUCUGUUACCGCAGCCUUGGCGGUACUUCGAUCAUUUGCUGCCGCAUUCCUCCCCUUGGCUGGCCUAGACAUGUAUGACGCGCUCGGCCUAGGCUGGGGAAAUAGUCUGUUGGCGUUUGUGUGUGUGGCCAUGAUUCCCAUUCCUAUCUAUUUUUAUACUUUUAGUGAGCGACUCCGCAAACGUUUCAAUCCGUCUCUAUAA